AUGGCUCCUUCUCAAGAAAUUGUUGAAGAAACAAAAGAAACAAUUCAGAAAUCAGUCAUUACUGAGGAAGUUGACAGAGAAAUUCCAAAAGAAGAUAAACCUAAAGAAAUAGUUGUUGAAGUUGGAAGACCAACUGACGAAAUCAUCGAGGAAACUCGAGAAACAGUGGAAGCUCAACCAGAAGUUGAGGAAACCUUCAAAGAAGAUGUCACUGUUGCUUCUGAAGGUCCUGAAGAGACUCAACCAGAAGUUGAAGAAACAUUCAAAGAAGAGAUCACAAUAGUUUCUGAAGGCACUGAAGAGAUUAAGCCUGAAGUUGAAGAAACAUUCAAAGAAGAGGUUACAAUUACCUCUGAAGGUCCUGAAGAGACUCAACCAGAAGUUGAAGAAACCUUCAAAGAAGAGAUCACAAUAGUUUCUGAAGGCCCUGAAGAGAUUAAGCCUGAAGUUGAAGAAACCUUCAAAGAAGAGGUCACAAUUACCACUGAAGGUCCUGAAGAAACUCAACCAGAGGUUGAAGAAACCUUCAAAGAAGAGGUCACUAUUGCUCCUGAAGAACCCGAAGAGAUUCAACCAGAGGUUGAGGAAACCUUCAAAGACGAGGUUACAAUUACCUCUGAAGAACCCGAAGAGAUUCAACCAGAGACUGAGGAAACCUUCAAAGAAGAGAUCACGAUUGAUUCUGAAGCUCCUGAAGAGACCGUGUCUGAGACUGAGAUUCAUAGAGAAGAGAUUGUUAUAUCUCCCAAAGAGAAACCAGACACUGAAGAAGUGCAGUUGGACAUUUCUGUCAAGUCAGAUAAACCAGAAGAAGAGAUUUCUGAGCUGGAUAUUCAGGAGACUGAGACACAUAAAGAGGAGAUUGUCAUUGAAACAGAGGAAACUCCUGAUAAA